AUGCCGCCUCCGGAGCCCAUGCCCGGCUACGGGACCUUGCUCCGCCGGGGCUACGGGAGCCUGGCCACGGCCGCCCGGGGCUGCGGGGACUGCGGCUGGGAGCUGGCGAGGCGGACCUGGGCCGAGAACGCUCACCUGGGCUGGGCGGAGGUGCUGCUGUGCGGGCUCUGCGCGCUGGGCUGGACCGCGCUGCGCUGCGCCUGCUCCCGCAGCAUCUUUCGGCCCUUUGGGGAAUGGUGCAACCUGCAGCCAAAAGAUGCUGCCAAGAUGCCUGAGAGUGCCUGGAAGCUGCUUUUCUACACGUUGUCCUGGUCCUACGGCACCUACCUGCUCUUCUUCACCGACUACCCCUUCUUCCACGACCCCCCCUCUGUCUUUUACGAAUCUUCCCCCCGUGUUUUGGGCCGCGGGUGCCAACCCACUCCCCUCCAUCCCACCUCUCCCUCCCUCCCUCUGCCCUUCUCCCGCAGGUACCACAACGUGGGGAUCCUGGUGCUGUUCCUGCACGACAUCAGCGACGUGCAGCUCGAGUUCACCAAGCUCAACGUGUACUUCAAGCACCGGGGGGGGGUCUAUCACCGCCUCAACGACGUCAUCUCCAACGUGGGCUGCCUCACCUUCAGCGUCAGCUGGUUCUGGUUCCGUCUCUACUGGUUCCCCCUCAAGGUCCUCUAUGCCACCUGCUACUCCAGCCUCCAGUCAGUCCCAAAUAUCCCCUUCUACUUCUUCUUCAACGCUCUGCUCCUCAUCCUCACCCUGAUGAACAUCUACUGGUUCCUGUACAUCGUCCUGUUCGUGGCCAAGGUGCUGAUGGGGCAGAUGCAGGAGGUGAACGACGUGCGCGAGUACGACGUGGAGGACACCGGGAAAAGCGCCAGGGCCCGGAAGAGAGAGGCUGGAAUCCAACUGCCCAAGGCUCUGAAGGAAGGGCUGCACCUCAGGAACGGGCUCGUGAAGGACAAGAGGUUGUGAGGGCGGCGUGGCCGUGGCAGCUGCCAGGACCUGGGACCCACCAGGACCCUCCACUGGGAGCCAGCGAAGGAAAGGCACGAGGAGAACUUCAUCCCUGACCCCCUUUCCCUCCCCUGCCCGGAGCCGGGGAACAGAUGCCACUUGACAGGAUCGGGCCCCUCCCGGGGGCUGUGACCAGGCUUCACCUGGUGCUGGGGGGCUCCCCUGUGGCCCCCCUUCAGUUGGGAGACUGGUGGCUUUUGCUGGUCCAGGUAGGAUUUGGAGCUGGCUUUGGGUCCCCUGGUGUUCCUCCUGUUUCUCAGUCCCGCCGUGAUUCCCCCGACUCUGCUGUUGGACCCCGAACCGGGGAGGGAAAAACCUCCUCUCCUGCCCUGGGAAGGG